CAACCGCACUCGCCUAGCCGCAACGAUUCUGCAAUCGAUGAAUGAUCAGUGGCUUGAGCGACACGAGACGAAUCGAAACGGGGAGAAGCACGACGUCGCCGGCUCGGCUCUGAUCCAGAAGCAGGGCAAGGAUCAUGUUCGUUCCACGCCGCGUGAGACAAUCGCUGAAGGCAGAGGUGGCAAUAGAUUAAGGGCGGAACGAACACGACAAAUUGUCAAGUCACCAUCGCGUUUCUUUUUACGAACCCUCAGGUCUCAGGCGCGCCGUAUCGUAUGUGUAACGAGGUGGUACCGGAGUCGGGUCUGAGAGUCAAUACUUGACUUGAGGAAGCUCGUCGUAUCUCAUGUAUUGAACGACAGGCUAAUCUCUUGCCUGGAAGCGGGACAGCCGUGUGAGUGAUACACGCCGGCUCUCCGGACGACUGUAGCGUUCCGACUGCAACCAAACCAUCCGCGCCCUUGCGAUGGUUCUCGAAGGGGGGCCGCUUUGGGACGCGAGGUCAACGCGUUCCUUCGACCCCGGCCACUUUCAGGUUUGCAUCGUAUGCUGGCUGUCUCACCCCAGUCUACCUGCGGCGUCUCGUGUCGGUUCGCGAAAUAAGAUGCAAGGAAAAAAGGAAAGAGGAUGGAUGGACUGGUAAGUCGUCACCGUCAGAAGAGCUGCGUCAAGAUGAUUGCUGGCCACCCAUCUGGUCAGUUUUGGGUUUCUGUAGUUGGGAAGCUGCUUUGCGCUCAUCCAGUUCUCCGCAAGCCCGUUAGAACCGAUUUCGGCUCAAGAAAAAUCACGGGUGAGAUUCUUGUUUGCAACGCUCUGAGUAACCCGAAUGCGCCGUACGCAAAAGGCGAUGAUCCAUCAUCUGCUGUCGUGGGGAAUGCGUCGCCGCGAGAGGCUGGAAGCCGCCCCUCCUCGUGAUUUCAGCGAUACGAUGCCGUUCAAUGUCUCUGAGAGUUCGCUGGUGACGGCGCAGCGAUCCAUGCUAGUCGUUGCCCGGCCUUCCGUCUCGCAUUCCUCGACCAUCUCUUCUCUGCAAGAUGACGGACUCCCAUCGAUCCCGAGAUCUGGAGAGUAGUGCACCACCACAAAUUCAGCCGCCCAUCUAGAUAUCCGCGUGGUAUACGGAGCCCUUACGCCAGCAUCUCUAUGUUGUAUCGCGCAGUCAAAGGAAGGUGUGUAUUCCUUUCCCCAGUAAACGCUACACCUGCGCCAUCGGGCAGAAUAUCGAUCACGGACACCUUGAGCGAUGUGACGUCUAACAUGAACAGUGAAUGGGGAUGGCAGACGUGACUAGAUAACCUACGAAAAAGAGGCAAAGCUCUCCGGUCUGUCUUUUUCUGUUUUACAUCUCUCACAUGAAGGUACACGUACAUGUACAGAAAACGUUUCCGAAUGAGGACGCCGACGACAUCCCCAUUCGUCCAGCGGCCGGCCCGCACACCAGCGCCGCUACCAGCCUCGUUCAGGCUUCGCCAUUCCGGUCGUCCUUGUCUCAGACGCAGACCUAUGGGAUACUUCCGAACCCAGCUAUCUCUCUCUGAAUCUCCACCGGUUGUUUGCUUGCUUACGGUAGCCUCCAAACCCGUCCCCAGCCUCUCUGAUACGAACCCUUCCUCUUCAUGUUUGAAGAUGGCUUCGACGCAGCCUGCGAGGCCCAUGACUGCGUGUCUUACACAAUCUAUAUAUGGAUGACCUCUUGUCUCCUUCUUCCGUUUCUUCCGGGUCAUCAGCUUUCAUCCCUCACCACCACCACCAAUACCACCACCACCACAACCACUUUGUUCCACAGCACUACUAUCAUAUCACUCUUGUGUGAGACCUCGGCUAUAUAAAAUCCCCGCCCAUCGUACUCCUACCUUACACUGUGCCGUCGACCCCAUCAGGCCAUUCAACCCCUAAGCCCGUCAACAUGAAGACAUCAGCAACGCUCGUCCUCGCUGCCUCAGCACUGGCCUCUGCCCAAGCCACUUACAACUCCACGACGAACGAGUACGUCUGCUCCCGCCCCAACUCGGCCUUCUGCGCCGGCGACUCAUUCGGGACCAACAUCAUCAUCCGCUGCGACGCCAACGGCCGCGGCCAGCCCGGCUCCUGCACCAACAACCUCGCCGGCCAGUUCCCUCUGGGCGUUCAGCCCGCCCUGUGCUGGCAGUCCCAGCCCCAGGCCGGCGACGCUGCUUGCGAGAAGAACUGCGUCGUCUACGCCGACCGGCCCUUCCGCCUCCCCGCCGCCGUCUGCACCCCCUAUGCGACGCCCUCCGGCACCGUGGCGCCCACAACCACGUACUCCUUCGGACCAUUUCCGUCCGCGAACAACGGCACCAGCAGUCGGACGACCGCGCUCUCCAGCACGGCGAGGUUCCCGUCCUCUUCGAGAGUGUCUUCUGCUCCGCGACCUACGGGUACGGGUGGUGGUUCCGUUCCUUCUGGCAACAGCACCACGCCGACGAGCAGCCGUAGCGGCGGCAGCAACAGCACCGCGCCGACGAGCAGUCGUGGCGGCGGCGGCAGUGCGUCGGGCACGCGCACCCCUAUCCCGCCCUCCGGCUCUGCCACCGGUGGCCCCACUACCGGUCCCACUACUGGCCCCACUACCGUGCCAACCGCCGGUGCUGCGCAGAAUGCCGUCGGGUCCCUCGCCAUUGCUGCCCUCGUGGCCGCGUACUUCAUCUAGGCUCCUGUUCCUCGUCGCCACCCUCACUGGAGACGGGCUCAGGGGUAAGGUACGGUGUCACCGUAUCUCUGACGUCCGCCCGUCGUCGGGCCACGGAGGUCGCCUCUAUGAGACCUACAACCCAUUUUUCUUAAUACUAAUCGAAAACCGCAUCGA